AUGUCGGACGAGGCGAGCAAAUACUUCUUCGAAGAGAGGUCAGUCGGUGUCUCAUAGAAAUCAUUAAAGUGAUAAUAAUUACAGAUCGGACUCAACCAACCAUACUCCAAUUAACGAAUCCGCCUCUCGCUUUAGCCAGACGGUUUUUCUUGAAUUGUACAAAAAAGCUGGGAUCAACGGUGAACCACUCUCCGGAUCUUCGGUGCCCAGUGUCCGUGACUCGGCGGUUCCCAUCAGAUAUCCGACUCCGCAACCCCUUCCGGAUCUUUCGGCGCUCGCUCGAUUCGUGUCCGGUGCUCCCCAGUCACCGGUUCCUCGUCCACGGACCAUCACUCCGGUUGCAUCUUUCGCGAGCCUCUCGUCUACGAGCUCGGACACUCCGCAACCAAAUUCAAUCAGAAGAGUUGGAAACAUCGCCGACGCGUCCAACUUCAAAACGAAAAGAGUGUUUCUUCUGGCCGCCCGUAGACUUCGCAAUGCCGACGGAUCCUUUGCUCUGAUCCUCGUCGAACCAAAGUCCGGGAAGAGAUUCAUUGAAAACGAGAAAGUGUACAAUGAAGUGCACAGACUGUCGCUCGGCGACUUUUUCACUGCUCAGACGGACGGGAAAUCGCUGAGCGUGCACAGAAAGAUCAAAAAUCACGGGGGAGGAUUGAAAACUUCCGUGCAGGGGGAUCUCGUUCAUGUGAGUUGCAUCCAAUUGAUAUUGAUCGAACAGCAACGAGUUUUACAGGUCGAAAACGUUCAAGCGACACUUGUCAACAGAAACGGGGUACUGGCAUUCAGAAGCAAGUAUUUCGACGAGGCACAUUGCAACGAAAAGAUGCCAGAGGGAGAAUACAUCAUCAAGUUAUUUGCGUGAGUUGAUUAUUGCUAUUGUGUAUGUGCACUUUGUGCUGUUUGUUACAGUCUUGAGCCACCUCAAACGACGCCGUCGAAGAAGUUCUUCUUCCAAGGAUACAAUGCCCGUCAAGUGUCGCCAGAUGGAGUUGCUCAACAGCCGGUCCAAGGAGCCGGAUUCACAAAAAAAGAAGUUCAACCACUGGUUCCUCUCCUGCAGAAUCUGACGAUCGGCGCUGGAUUCGCCUCGCAGAAGCCAACGGAACAGAAGGGAGAAGCGAUGAUCGGAGCGGGAUUCGAAGACGGAUCCAAGAAGUUGGACAAGUUGAGGGCAGUUGUGCUGAACCGCGAGGAUCGGGAUGACUUUCACAUUCACUACCUUUGGCUUGUUGACAAGCAUGAGUGAGUUCAUGUUCACAUGUUUUUGUUGUUGUUCAAAAUCAUGUUCAGAGAAGCAAAGUUCAACUACAAGCUGCCGUUGGAGAAGGGACACUUCUUCGAGGGAUUCUUCAGACCAAAAGUUUGUGAUCAUUAUGUUCGAGACUAAGAAUAACGAACGUCGUUUUCAGGAAGAGAACAAGAAGCGAAUCUGUCAAAAGUACGGAAGACCGGAGCGUUGUUUGGCGCCAGGAGGGCUGGAUAACAAAAAGAACAUCUUCUUCAAAGUUUCCAUUGAGAACUUUCAAGCUCCGGGAGGGAAUCGACGAUUCGGACAGACACAUUCUCCGUUUUUCGGCAGUGUUGUACGUUUAAUUGUUCAUUCGUUUGAUGAUGAGUUUGUCAGUUUCCAGAUCGAUAAAUACUCGAAACUGAGCGCCGAUUGCAAUGGCGGCGAGAUGAAAAUCCAACGUCUUCCAAUAGAAUCGAAGAUUGGAGAGGCGACGCACGUGGAGUACGUGUGGGUCAUUGUCGAAGUGUUGUGA